GAUGGACGCUCUAACAUACACCGCUCCGCCACAGAUCCGCCGUUCAGUGUGUUUACAGGAGGAUGAAUGAAGAGGCUGGUGGUGCAGCAGCGUGCGGACGCGCAGUGUGCUACCGGCUGUGCUCGUGUCGCUAGUAUAAUUAUUAUUAUUACUAACAGUGUGUUACUGGUUUGACUGGCAGACGACACACUGGAAAAGCACCGAGGCAAGACAAAAACCCGACUUUCCAGCAUCCGUAAGCCUUCAGAGAUCAUCUGUAUUUGAACAUGGUCUCCCUGGUCUACUUAAUAAUCAGAAGAUGCUGCAUAAACAAACCUAAACAUAGCUGAGUUAACAGAGGGUGGGACCACAUAAUCUGCUCUCUGAAGGAUAGAAGUUGAUGCAUACUAACUGUAUGAGGGCCCUCAGCUUCUCCCACAGCUGUGUGCUGUGCUUGUGAAUCUUUUUGAGCUGGGAAGUGAAGAGUCAUGGGCUGUGGGGGCAGCAGAACUGACGCUUUGGAGCCUCGCUACCUGGAGAGCUGGACAAAAGAGACGGAGUCCACAUGGCUGACGAGCACAGACACAGAUAUCCCCUUGUCAUCCAUCCAGAGCAUCCCCUCUGAGAACUCAGAGGCUGGCUUCACUUCUGAGAAAACAAUCAGCCCUGUUCCAGAUUUCUUUGAAGACGGCCUCCCGCCACCGGCUCAGGCCUACCUAAAGGUCUGCUCGGCCAUGUCUGAAGCCAGCCUGAACGAUGUGAAGCCCAGCAGCACACCAACAGCACUGGGCUCUCCGCGGCAGGACACGACGAUGCCUUCUUCUGGAACCACAGUGCAGCGCAGAAGUGUUUUGCACACUGAAGAGAUUACAAAAUGGCAGGACAAUCGGAUGUCGACCAAGCAGGUGACCAUUACAGUCACCCAGAGCAUCCACCAGGUGGACAAGAACGGGAAGGUGAAGAAGUCCCUCACGACAUAUGAGGUCAUGAAACCAGUGGAAGCUAUCAAACAGGUGGCGACACAAAACGCCUGAGUGCAGGGGGACAUUGGAAGAAGCCAAAAAAUGAAAAUAAUUAUGACUGUGAAAGAAAUCGAACAGGUUUUGUGGUCUGACAGGUGUCGAAAGCACAAAAAUCUGAUUUCUAGUGCAUUUAAUACUUUACGAUGUAUGUUUUACUGACAUGUUGGAGACUUUUACAAGAGACAUUUGAUCAAACAAGCAUGGGGUAACAGGCAAAACAAAACGUGGUAUGUUACAGCGAAUGUCAUAUUAAAAGCAAUUGUAGUAUAUUACAGCUGACAGCUUGUUUCCACAUCAGUGUAAAGAAAUCAUUGCUUAGCACUGAACUCGAAAAUAGUUUAAUCCAGAGUAUUUUCACAUUUUAAGAUGUGGUUGAACAUUAACAUAGGUGUAAAACUAUUACUGCAAUAUUAUUUAAUAUGAUAUAAAUGUUUCAUAGUUUUGUUACUUGGCAUUGAUGCACCAUUUGUAGUCGCUGCUGUCCUACAAAGCAAAAGGCUCAGGAAACUGACUGUGACGAUUGCACUAUUUACAGUGAAGCCUGGACGGAGGUUUGUGAGAAUAAAAAAGAAAAAGCGCUCACGAACAGCAUCGUGUUUUGUAAGAUAUUGAGGUUACUUUUUAAAAUUCUGUCGUUAUUUGUGUUUUCUAAUGAUAAUAAAUUACACACCGAAAUGUA